AUGCUCCAGGAGGACACCGAGUCGUUCCAGAUUCGAAGCCGCAUUGCCCAGGAGCGCGAGGAGGGCAUCCGGCGCAUCCAGAGCCAGGUCUCCGAGGUCAACCAGAUCUUCCGCGACCUCGCCACCAUAGUGCAGGAGCAGGGGCAGCAGAUGGAGACCAUCGAGAGCCACGCGGAGGCCUCCUCCAGCAGCACGAGGGAUACCACCAGCGAGCUCAAGAAGGCCGCGAGCCGCCAGAAGAGCAGCAGGGAGCGCCUGUGCUGGCUGCUGGCCGGCGUCGUGGUACUGCUGUGCCUGAUCGUCCUGCCCCACAUGCACGCCAUGCAGCUGCGGCACGAGGAGCAGCAGCUCCAGGGCAGCGCCGCCAGCGGCACGGCCGAGGGCCUGGGCAUGCCGAGCCGGACCUGGCCAGCUCUCUCGAGCACAGUGGGGCUCGAUAGCGAACAGGGCCAGCGUGCCAAGUCGACCCCCGGCCUCCUCGCCUGCCUGGCAGCCACCCGGUAA